UCUCAUCUCUUUCUCUUUCUCUUUCUCUCUCUCUUUCUCUUUCUCUUUCUCUCCCCUGUUUUGAUUGAAAUUAGGGUUUUGCUUUUAGUGCUCGGCGUUGAUUUUAAACGCAGAAAUUUUACUCAUUUUUAGUAUUUGUUGAACCAAUUAUGUAGCAUUUAUUUAUUUUAAUUUUUUUGCAGAUUGAUUUUCAUAAUGGGUUACCAAAUGGUUUAUCGAUCUCUCAAGGAAUUGUUUCCACAGAUUGAUUCAAGGAUCUUAAAAGCUGUUGCUAUUGAGCACCCUAAAGAUGCUGAUGAGGCUGCAGCUGUGGUUAUUUCAGAGAUUGCUCCUAAGUUUUACCCUUAUUUGCCUCAUAUUUCUCUACACCCACCAGGAAACAAAGUAGAUAUUGCUAUGCCCAAUGGUUCUUCUUCUUCUUCUUCACGUACUACCCCUCUGGCUCCUGAUACUGACCAUCAAACGGAGUUGACAAAUGGUGAUCUUCAUAUUCAGAGUAAAGCAAUUAUCAGCCCAUCGGAUGAGUCUAGAGUGGUUUCCUCAGACCCCCUUUGUGAAGGUAGUGAUCAAGCAGAGCUAAGCACAAGCGCUGAUUCAAGUCAAGUCACACAGAAACCAUCUCGUUCAGAUGAUGUAAGAGAGGCUUCCUUGACUGCUGAAAACAGUGAUGCAGAGCUGGAUGGUGCUUUUAGCUCUAUUGUUACCCAGGGAUGCAAGAUUGAUCACCUUCAACAGAUCAUUGAAGAUGCCAAAAGUAACAAGAGAACCUUGUUCACUGUGAUGGAAUCUAUUAUGAAUCUGAUGAGAGAAGUUGAAAUUCAAGAGAAGGAUGCAGAGAAGGUGAAGGAAGAUGCUGCUAGAGGAGGCUUUGAUACCCUUCAAAAGGUCGAGGAUCUUAAGAAGAUUCUGGCACAUGCCAAGGAGGGAAAUGACAUGGAUGCUGGACAAGUUUAUGGGGAGAAGUCAAUUUUGACCACUGAAGUAAACGAGCGUGAAAACCGCUUGCUCAACUUAUCAGAAGAACGAGACAAGUCAUUGUCUCUUCUUGAUGAGAUGCGUGGAGUCCUCGAAAUGAGACUAGCGGCAGCUCUGGAGAUUAAAAAUGCAACUGAGCAAGAAAAGCAAGAAAAAGAAGGUUAUGCACGGAAGGCACUUGCUGAACAAGAAGCGAUCAUGGAGAAAGUUGUCCAAGAAUCUAAGCUUCUACAAAAGGAUGCAGAGGAAAACUCCAAGCUGCGAGAGUUCCUUAUGGAUCGUGGUCGGAUUGUUGACUCCUUACAAGGAGAAAUCUCUGUGAUCUGUCAGGACAUCCGAAUCUUGAAAGAGAAAUUCGACAACAGAGUGCCGUUGAGCCAAUCAGUCACCUCAAGCCAGACGAGUUGUAAACUGGCUUCUUCUGGAUCAUCCAUGAAGAGCUUAUUGCUUGAGAAGCCUCUUGAGCUAUCUUAUGAAACACCUGAAGCCUCAAGCAGCAACAAGAGCCCAAAAGCUUUGGUUGAGGAGCGAAAAGACGAACGUAAGGAGCUCCUGGAAGAUGGCUGGGACAUUUUUGACAAAGAGACAGAACUCUAAAUGUCUUCUAUAUAGAAGAUUCCAUCUCUUCCUUAGAAAUAAUUUUUUUGUUUUACGACAAAAAGAGGGGAUUUUUGGUUCAGGGUUUAUUCUCCACUUUGCAAAACUUACAUCGUCCAUUCAUCUACUGAGUUCGUGUUUCUUCUUUCCCUCGUUGUACAGUUUACUCAAUAGUUUCCUGGAAAACGGUUGGAGAAUUUACUUCAAUAUAUUAGGGGCAGUUCUUCUGGCUA